AAGAGAAAGGGAAAAGGAAUAGGAAAUAGGUGGAAGGGGAAGGAAGGAAGGAAGGAAGGAAGGAAGGAAGGAAGGAAGGAAGGAAGGAAGGAAGGAAGGAAGGAAGGAAGAAAAGGGAAAAGGAAGACGAUCCGGGCCCUGCCCCGUAAGGGAGCGCACGGCCAAGGCUCCUUGGAGAGCAGGAGAAAGGCAGAACGGAAAUGAAAAUAAAAGUUGGAGGCAGGCAGAGACAAGUUCGGGGGGCGGGGGGAUCUCAGCAUCCCUCUCCGGGCAGGGCGAGCCCCCAGGGCCGCUCCGCGAACGGAGCCGAGCGAGCGUGUGUGCGAGCGUGGUGACACCUGGGGUCCCGGCCUUCCCCCGCUUUGCCCCUCUUCCUCCUUCCCCAUGUCCUGAAAAAAGAAAAGGGGAAAACAAAAAAAGACGGAAAAGAAAAAAAAAGGCAGUGUUGUAUGAGUCCAUCGGGCUGCAGCCCAUCGAAUGAUCCCAACGGGCUGCAUUCAUUCCCCUGGAAGGAGGUGGCAAAAUCAAUGAGACCUCUUCAAAUAAGCACACACUGCCCCCCUCCCCAAUAAUCACCUCCCGGAUCUCUCCCGGGUCGCGCCUGACGAUCGCGUUUUGCCAGUUCGCUUAAUUUCGGAGCAAACUAGAAUCAAUUACUCGCUGUUUAAUUUCUAGCGCUCAUCCCUAAGCCCCAACCAAAAUAUUGACCUAGGCGGGUUAGAUAAGUUGGGCUCUUGCCAUCUGAGCCGCCUCGGUCCCGCGCAGGCUGAGCGCCUGUGGGAACAGCCCCGCCGCAAAUUAUUACUAUUAUUAUGGUUAUUAUUAUUUAUUUUUUUUCCCUCCCCUCGCUCGGAGGAAAACACGGGUGGGGAAAAAAAAAAAAUCACACUUCGGAGCGUGCGGAGCGCGUCGGGCUGGUGCGGAGCUCUUUGUAUGUAAAUAGUGCCAAAAAAAAAAAAAAAAAAAAAAAGGAGCUGGGAAGUCGCCCCCUCCCUCCCUCUCUGCCUCCCUCGUUCCCUCGUUCCCUCGCCCCCUCCCUCCCUCCCUCCCUCCCUCCGUCCGUCCCUCCCCCCCCGCGCCGAGGGCCCUCCCCGCGCCGGUAAUUAACUGACACGUUAUACCACUCAUCACCAAUGGUGGAAGCUCGGAGCUCGCCCAAAACCCGCAAUUUCACAUCUGCAAACACUGUCUUCAUCCACUUGACUUCCAAGACCCGCCCACACGUGGCCAACCUUUCCUGGGUUUAAUGUAGGUUUUUUUUUUCUUCCUCCUCUCGGCAGGUUCAUGUGUGGGGACCAGCCUUAUAUGGACUCCCCGUUCCAGCAAUGGCUCGGGAUUUUCCAGCGGCAGGCGCGGGUUCGACGCGGCUGAACAAGAUCUAGAAGUGAUUUUUUUUAUUUCCUUUUUUUUUUUUUUUGGCGUCUCUCUCCCCGUCUUUUUUUUUUUUUUUUUUUUUUUUUUUUUUUUUUUUUUUUUUUUUUUUUUUUUUUUCCCCUGGAGUUACAAACUAUUCCCGAAACCAGCUGCUGCUCCCGCUCUCGGAAUUUUCCCCCGUGGCACAACAACCACCACUGCAGAGACCCGUCGCUGCGGCCGCAUCUUCUCCCGCACAACACCUCCCCCGCUACUUAUUUUUUCUAAAAAUCCAUAUUAUUAUUAUUAUUAUUAUAUUUUUUCCCCCUCUUCUCCACUCGUGCCGUGCCCCCCCGUCCCUCCCCGUGUCCCUGCGCAGUGUCGCUGUCGCCGCUCGGCGUGUGCGUGCCCAGCCGUGACCCGGCGGCUCGGCCAAGCUGCGGCUCCAACUUUCCCAGGCGGAAUUUUGCCGGAACAUGUCUCUGACCAACACAAAGACGGGCUUCUCGGUGAAGGACAUUUUGGACCUCCCCGACACCAACGAUGAGGACGGCUCGGCGGAGGGCGGCGAGGAGGAGAGCGAGGCGCCCGAGCCGCCCCGGAAAGCGGGAGUUUUGGGACAAACCCCCUUGGACACUGUUCCCACGCUGCCUUUGAAGAGCCCUUUCUAUGAUAACAGCGAUAAUCCCUACACGCGCUGGCUGGCGAGCGCCGAGGGCAUCCAGUACUCCCUGCACGGGCUGGCGGCCGGCGGCGGCGGCCAGGACCCCUCGGCCAAAUCCCCGGAGCCGUCGGCGGACGAGUCACCCGACAACGAGAAGGAAGCGACGGGCGGCGGGGACGCGGGCAAGAAGAGGAAGAGGAGGGUGCUCUUCUCCAAGGCGCAGACCUACGAGCUGGAGCGGCGGUUCCGGCAGCAGCGGUACCUGUCGGCGCCGGAGCGGGAGCACCUGGCCAGCCUGAUCCGCCUGACUCCCACGCAGGUGAAGAUCUGGUUCCAGAACCACCGCUACAAGAUGAAGCGGGCGCGGGCCGAGAAAGGUAUGGAAGUGACUCCUCUCCCCUCGCCGCGGCGGGUGGCCGUGCCGGUGCUAGUCAGGGACGGCAAGCCCUGCCACACGCUCAAAGCUCAGGACUUGGCAGCCGCGACGUUCCAGGCGGGCAUCCCGUUCUCGGCGUACAGCGCGCAGUCCCUGCAGCAGCACAUGCAGUACAACGCGCAGUACAGCGCGGCCGGCAGCCCCCAGUACCCCACAGCGCACCACUUGGUGCAGGCGCAGCAAUGGACCUGGUGAGGCCCCCAAAGCCGAGGGAGGCACAGGAAAAAAACGGGCACAGAGCGAGAGCGAGAGCGAGAGCGAGAGCGAGAGAGAGAGAGAGAAGGAGACAGACUGAUGCUCCGAAAAUAAUAAUAAAAAAAAAAAAAAUCAAAACCAUCAAAACUGCGGGGGAAGGAAUGGCGAGGGAAACGCUAUUAUUAUUAUUAUUAUUGCUAUUAUUAUUAUUAUUAUUGC